AUGGGUGACUUUGCGCCAGAGUACGACGAACCCAAACGCUACCUCCUUAUUGGUGUUGGACCUCACGCCAAACGAAUCUACAUACCACACUUGAAUGAACUCGAAAAGGAGGGUCGGGCGAGGCUUGUUUGUGCAGUUGAUUGCCAAGGUAAUGAGCAAAUAAUUACAGAGUAUCGAGAUCGGAUCUGCGCUAGUGUAGAGCUCGCUUUUGUUCCGUUCUUCACGGAUGGCAUGCCAAAAAGUGUUUCUGAGCAAUUGUCUGCUUUAGCACACCGCCUGAGAGUGUCAUGUGUAAUUAUCAGUACCGAGCCUCUGGCCCACAAAGCUUAUGGAUUAUGGGCUGUAUCUCAAGGUUUCAAUGUCAUCAUGGACAAGCCUAUUACAACGCAAAAGGGAGUGACCACGAGUGUUGAGCAAGCGUACAAGAUUGCAGAAGACUAUGACGACUUGGCGAAAGCUUAUUCAGAGCUACAGCAACGUAACGAGACCAUGUUUCUCAUUUCUAGCCACCGCAGGUAUCAUCCUGGUCUCUAUUGCACAUUUGACAUGCUUAGAGAAGUGACUGAUAGGGUAGAUUGCCCAGUCACUAAUAUCAUAUCAACCCACUGUGACGGUAUGUGGCGGCUGCCUAGCGAAAUGGUUGAUCAAAAAUAUCACACUUUCAACACAGGUUAUGGGAAAGUAUCUCACAGCGGCUAUCACUUCUUAGAUAUGGUAUAUAGAUUUUUAAAGUCUGGGUGGACCGAAGAAAAAAAGCCAGACAAGAUUGAAGUGGUUUCUAGUUUUAUGAUGCCGAACGGAUUCCAGAAAUGCUUCAAUCAUGAAGACUACAAGAAGGCUUUUGGUGCAGAAACAUAUGCCAAAGUUUCGAAGUACUCGGACGAAGAACUCGAAAAGUUAAUGGCGACAUUUGGCGAAGUUGACGCUGCGUUACAAAUAACUUUCAUCAAAAACAACGAGCCUAUCUGCCUUGCUCAGGUCAAUUUGCAGCAUAAUGGCUUCAGUAGAAGGAGUUGGGUCACACCGGGUGCAGAUCUCUAUAAAGGCAUUGGAAGAGUGAAGCAUGAGUUUCACGAGAUUAAGAGCGGUCCGUUUCAAACUAUUGUUGUUGAUUCAAGACAAGCCAACGACAAACAUGACCGGUCAAAGCCCAGCACAGCCAAGAUCGGAACAGAUAAUCACUUUGAGGUCCAUGUAUUCCGAAACUCCGAGCUCCUCGGGGAGGAGAAGCCAUUGGUAUCGUAUUCCGUUGCGGAACUUGAUAAGCGCUACGACUCAAAACUUCCUGGUAUCUAUUCGGAGAACGUCAAGCGUGGGAUUCUCUGGGAGGCCACUGAUUUUCUGGAGGGCAAAAAGAAUUGUAGCGAACUUGCAUCGAACCUUGACGACCAUAGCGUACCAGCACAUAUCAUGAGUGCAGUUUAUGUAUCUCACGUACGAAGAAUCUCUGGGCUCAAUCCUGUGGUUUCGAUUGAUUUGACUUACACGGCGAAAGUGUCCCCCAAUAAAGGGACUGCCACCGCGAGCAUCAGAGGGGGUUUAGAAAUUCUAGCCAAGAAAGCCCCUGUAAAAGCUGCCACUGAAGUGUACGAAAUACCUAUCGACGUACUUUCACCUCCGCGAAAGAGAGCCCUUUCAGAUGCCAAAAUUUGCCAAACCCAACGAUAUUCCGAUGUUACUCAUAUGACGAUACAGAUAUGGCGCUAUUUGCGACUUCGACGACUGCAAACCCCACAGGUUGAUGUACCUGUGAUCAAUCUGGGGGCUGACAGGAAUUUUGACGAUGCUCACGAAAAGUAUCUGUACCACUUCAAAGAUCUUUUGCAAGAAGGAUACCAGAAAUCAAAGCAUGGAGUUUACCAAGUAUGGAGCCUAGACGGUUACAUAUUAAUUGUGACCCCUGAUCUUGUUGAGGAGUUAAAUGCACUUGGCACUGAGGUUUUAGACUUCCAUGCAGCAAGCCAAAGGCGUGUCAUAGGAGAAUACGAAUGGUUGAAAAUUACGGACUCUAUGGAGGCGCAUACAAUUCUCACAGACCUAACACGACAAAUUGGCACAAUUCUGCCAUCUAUAAAUAAAGAAAUUGAGUAUGCGAUGGAAUGCGAAUUCCCUAAAUGUCAAGACUGGACGCCUUUAGCCGUCCACCCAAAAAUGCUGCGCAUCAUGUCACUUGUUGUCUCUCUCAUGAUCGUUGGCCCAACGCUCAGUCGAAACGAAGAAUGGCUCAUGACUAUGGCUAAAUUUGUCGAGGGAAUCUUUAUUGCUGGUUGGGAACUCAAGAAGUAUUCCCAGUUCGUUAGACCAUUGAUUUCACGCGGCUUAGUACCUGGUGUACGAGGCGUAUGGAAACAGCAAGCUGUUGCUAGACGACUGCUUAUUCCCAUGAUACGCUCUCGACGUGCUGCAGAAGCUCACGCCCAAGCAACCGGCAGCAAAUAUCAGAAACCAAACGAUAUGGUGCAAUGGCUGAUGGAUAACGGGGCAAAAGCUUCUCCAACUAGGACAGAUAAAAAUCUGGCCGAGCUUUGUCUCGUAGUAGUAUUUGCAGCAUUACAUGCUGCAACUCAAACUCUGGUAAACAUAGUUUUAGAUCUUGCAGCUCAUCAAGAAUAUGUGGACCAGAUUCGUGAGGAGUAUCGGACUGCAAGGGCUAAGUAUUCGGGUUUAGAUGACAAGCAAGCUUUGUUGGUUAACAGCCUCAGCAAGCUUGACAGUUUCAUGAAAGAAUCGCAGCGCUUGAAUCCAGCAACAUUAACUUCCUUUUCUCGGCUCGUCCGUCGACCUGUAACACUUUCCACUGGGUUACAUCUUCCUGCUGGCACGCAUAUCCUCGUUCCCGCAGCUAUGGUCUCUCUAGAUCCGGUUCUGUAUCCCUCUCCGAAUGAAUUCAGGGGCUUUCGUUUUCAUGAGAAGCGUGCCUCCGCGACAACCGCCGAUGAUGCACACAAGGAUCAGUUUACUACAACAUCACCGAGAACGAUGCACUUCGGGUACGGCAGGCAAGCAUGCCCAGGACGAUUCUUUGCUAGCGCGGCCAUCAAAUCAAUCCUCGUCCACUUGCUCGAGGAAUUUGAUCUGCGGCUAAUCGAUCCAAGUGCUGGAAGACCUAAAAAUAUGAUCAAAGGAGGCAUGAAUCUGCCAAGUGAGACGGUGGAGUUGAUGUUUCGAAGAAGAAAAUGA